AUGUGCAUUAAAAACCUUUCUGGCAACCAGAUGUUCCCCAGGAAGACCCUCAAGGUGAGGAUGAAGACAAGAUAUUUGCUCCCACCGUCAACUGGUAUUCCAAUGUACGCUGCCUCUGAAUCUGCAGGUUCUAUUUAGCGACCAGGCUGAUGAGAACAUUGGGUGCUGGGUCAGAGCCGAGGAGCAGCUGAGUCAGGAUCCUGCCUCUCACCAAUGCCUUUGGGAAGUCCACACAAGCAGGGGAAUGAAGGCAAUUGUUGCUCUCCCCAUCAACUGGUAUUCAGAGAUAUAUUGCCUCCGAAUAUGGACGCUUCAUUUAGCCUUCAUGAUGAAUAAUUGACGGAAUCUUUCCCCAAAGAGUUAGCUGGUAGCCUAAUUCUGAUUAUAGAGUUGCUUUCCCUCCUGCAAGCUGACCAGCCACACAAAAUAAUAAUAAUAAUAGACUUCCAUAGCAUAACCGUUAAUUUCAAUGCACCUAUUGUUAUUUCAUGCACUGUGCUAUCUGCACAAAUACAGCUCUGUCUCGUUUCAGACCUUGAUGGGGAAGGAUAAUAAAAUAAUAAUAAUAAUGAUGAUGAUGAUGAUUAUUAUUAUUUAAACAGGGCCAGGUAAGAUAUGGAAGGUGAACUUGGGAUCUGGAUGGAGAAGGAAAAUUAAAUUACAGUAUUAAGGUAAAGGUAAAGGGACCCUGACCAGUAUAAUUAUGAUGGCAAUUAUUUAAACAGGGAUGUCUAAAGCAUGGAAGGUUGACAGAUCUUGAUGGGAGAAAUAAAAGUAUGAUUAUUCUUAAAACAGGGCCAAGUAUAUGGAAGGCCGACUCAGAUUCUAAUGGGGAAGAAAAAUUAAAUCAAAGCAUUAGUAUUAUGGUGAUUAUUGUCAUUUAAACAGGGAAGAAUAAAAUACGGAAAGUCGAGCUCUACACCUUGAUGGAGAGAGGGAAAACAAAACCAUAAACUUUUAGUAUUAUUCAAACAGGGAUGAGUAAGAAGAUAUGGAAGCCGGUCUCUCCCAUCUCGGUAGCGUGGCCGAGCGGUCUAAGGCGCUGGAUUAAGGCUCCAGUCUCUUCGGGGGCGUGGGUUCGAAUCCCACCGCUGCCAGUACGCUUUUGCUCGCUUCCUUUUAUUCAAGGGAGCCUCUCCGUGACGAGCCGGCGACGGCGAAGAAGCCUGCGCACAUAGCGCCCCCUGGCGCCCGCGUCCUAGCAGGCCGCUUCCCCGGCGAGCAUUAUGGGUAAGAGGAGGAGCCGAGGUGUGUUUCCCCCCCCCUCCCACGUGCCUGCCGGAGUUACACCAACAUGGCUGCUGGCUGAGAUUUCCCCCCGCCGUACCUGCAGGCACGUUGCCGCGAGGAGGAGGAGGAGGAGGGGGCCGGGAAAGGCAGCCUCUCCCCUCCACCCCUUGGAGCCACGAGGUAGGAGAAGCAGCAGCGGCGAAUUGCCUCCCCAUUCCCCGACUUUUGCAAGCUUCUGGGGUUGGUUGCAUGCUGCUCUUUUUUGCAAGGCCCGGGUCGUGUGGAUCCUCCUCUCCCUUCCUCCUCCCCCCACCUCUCUCUCUCUCUUUCCCCCUGUUGCAAAUCGUGGGAGUGGGGGGAGCAGGAGGGGAAAGUAAGGGGGAGGGAAGACACGCGCCAGCCCCGCAAUCUUUGCCUAGCAAAGUGGGUGGGCCCUAUAAUCUAAGGGGGCAUUUCAAGGGGGGGGGGGGUGAAUUGCAUAUGUGGCGAGGGAGCCUUCACGCUCCUUUUCCUUCUCUCCAGCAAAAGUUACAAGGCCAGGGGUUCGAGAUCCAGCGCUCCCCAUCUCUCUCCGCACCCCCCAACCCCCUCCCAAAAAGCAACCUCCCUGAAUAUGUGUGAGCUCUGCAAAGCCUUCCCAUUGCUGCAUAGUUACAUCAGCCACGCUCCUUCCCGGCAAGGAGCCUUCAGGAAAAUAUAAAAUAAAAUAAAUAAUGAAUGCUUUGAGUGAGUUUUUCAGGCUCUCCUUCCUGAAGUCUUCCCUGGGAAUAUUCUCUCCUGAUCAGGGAGAGAGUUGCUUCGGCUGGAGCAAAAAUCCGUUUCCUCUUUCUCUGCUGUAUGGGUUACAUCAGGGUGACUUGACUUGGGAGGUUUAGUCACUGCCAAGAAAAGGAGUUUGUUUUGGUUUUUUUAAGUGAGCAGGUGCCAAUGGACACCUUGCUUCUUUUCCCCAGACCAGCGGGGUGGGGGGAGUUAUUAGUAAAAUAGAAUAACCUCAGUUUCCCUCAGCCACAAGUUCUAUCUUACAUUGCAAACUUAUUGAGAUCUCCUGAUAGCUCUGAGAGAAAAUAAUUGUCGUCCAGUUCAGUUUGAGCUUUGCAGUCAUGGCAGGUGAUUUAUAUAUGUGGAAGGGUUCUUAGAUAAAUGACAUUGGCGUGGCUGUUUUUCAUCUUAUCCUUGGCUGCUGCUCUUUUACCUUUAGGAGUUGAAUGUGGGUUUUGAGUGUUCAAUGCUAAAUUACUUUAGAGCAGGGAGUGGCACUCUGUACUUG